AUGUGUAGAUGUAUGUACUAUGGAGAAAAGACUAGAAAGGGAAAAGAACUGUGGAGGGCUAGAAAUACAGGAAGGGAGAAUCCCUAUUGUUUAAAGCCUAGGCCCUUUAAAAUAGGUGCCGCCCGCCUUCGAAGGUUACGUACUAUCUUUACCGAAGUUUGCUCUAGUUCUGUUAUUGUAGGUUCUAUCCCCGAAAAUACCCGGUAUUAUUCUGUCGUUAGGGCUUCCGCCCCCGAAGAUAUUCGAAAUUAUUCUAUUAUCGAAUUUUCCGGUAAGCCUUCGUCCCUAAAUAAGGGAUUAGGUAUAAGUAAUCCUUCCGACGAACCUUGGGAUAAUAUCGGUCCUAGGGAUAAAUUAGUCGGGCCUAAAGAAGGACUAGUCGGGCCUAGAAAAAGACUAGUCAAUCCUAAAACUAGACUCGCCGGGCCUAAAAUAAUAUUGUUGGAAGUCCAUGCCCUGGGCCGCCCAUUCACCGGCUUUGCCCAUUCACUGGGCCGUUCCAUUACCGGCACUCCCUUCCAGGGUUAUAUUCGAAUCGAGAGGGCGGGCAGUGAUUCCGCAGUGGGCUCUGCCAUCGAGGUGCAAGAACUAAAUGGAUUACCCUCAUCGUCAAACUCGUUAGAUUAG